UGAAGCUGUGUUAAUGAUUAGAAGCUUGUUCAUUUAGUUGCACAUGAGUCAUUCUGCUUCAAUUUAUUGUUCUUCUUGCCUGAUAUCUCUAUCUUGUUUUUGUCAGUUCAGCUGAUCGUUAUUUGUGGACUAGUUUUGAUGCUCUAGUGUAAACUUUUCUUUUAUUGCUUAUAUAAGCAAGCCUCUCUGUAUAUAAACGGAUCCCUUUUCCAUGCGUUUAUUAUAAUUCUCAUAUUUAAUUCAUAAUUUUGCUAAAGAUGUUAGCUCUUAAAGUACCAAUCUCAUUUGAUGGAAGCUUAUUUUGGCAUGAAAAUCCGUGCAGAUAAUGCUUUUUAUGUGUUUUGCUUGGCAUAAUUGACUAUUUAUCUGAUCAUGCCAAUGCAUACGCCUAGAAAAGUCAGAACUAAUACAUUUUGGGUGCGCAAAUCUUCAUUAACUUCAUUAGUUUGAGGCCAAUUAGCUUUUUUAGGUUCAAAUUUCUCUCAUUUUUGUACUUUUGAAUGGGGGUAGGUAGGGAUUUAUAAGCUAUUACAAUCAUGAGAGUAUUCAUCCUGUUUAUUGUAUUGAAAUAAGCAUUUAUUCAUGGUCAUACCAUCCACUUUGUACUUAAACAGGCUUAUGAAUCCAGGUUGACGAAGAUGAAAUUUAUUGGGAUGCAAAGAAGCAGGAUGAAGAAUCAGCAUUGUCACCUAAUUCUCCUCGUGCAAUAUCACAAUUAGCUCAGUGCUUCAGUUCCUAACCUCCCGGGCAAACUACUGUCAGCACCACCAUAUCAAAACUCAGUUCUGAUUUCUGAAAUUGGUUCAAGGCAUGUUCCAAGUUUUGUGCAAAAGAGGAAUUCUCAUGCAGUUCACAUGCUGUGUCUUCUUGCAGCCGGAGCUUACAGAAAACACUAAUGCUAUGGUUGGUCCACGAGCAUGGAUAGGAGGAAUUUUUAGUCGAUCAACCAAUAGAAGGUUUGGAAGUGGCAGAUUUUUUUAUUAUAAUUUUAGUCCUCAUCAGGAAGAGAGUCUUCGAAACCUUCAGGAACGGAUUGGAGUACCUUUUGAUGAGACUUGCUUCAAUCAUCAGCAAGCUCUCCGUGCUUUGUGGGACUUAUCAUUUCCCAACGUUAAGCUCAAAGGCUUAAUCUCUGAUCAGUGGAAGGAUAUGGGGUGGCAAGGAGUGAACCCAGCUACAGACUUCAGGGGUUGUGGUUUCAUUUCGCUCGAGAAUUUAUUGUUUUUUGCAAGAACUUAUCCGGCUUCUUUUCAUAGGUUGCUAUUCAAGCAAACUGGAGAACGUGCUAAGUGGGAAUACCCAUUUGCUGUUGCUGGAAUUAAUGUAUCAUUUAUGCUGAUCCAAAUGUUGGAUUUAUACUCAGCAAAACCUAAGUGCCUUCCAGGAGUCAAUUUCAUCAAAAUGUUGGGAGAAGAUAAAGAGGCAUUUGAUGUACUAUAUUGUAUAGCAUUUGCAAUGAUGGAUGCGCAAUGGCUUGCAAUGCAUGCUUCGUAUAUGGACUUCAAUGAGGUUUUACGAGUAACCAGGAUACAAUUGGAAAGAGAAUUGUCUUUAGAAGAUGUGCAUAAGAUACAAGAUCUGCCAGCUUUCAACCUAUUGUUCCACUAGUUCUUCUGCUUACCACUUUCCUCUUAAACCAACAAAUUACUGCUCUAUUAGUGUACCGUUAGCUCAGCAAAUGGAGGUCCAAAGCAAAUGAACCAUUCAGGAGGGUAAUUUCCACAAUGUAGACCAUAUGUAGAGAAGGGUAUUUGUCUUGGAUAUCUAUGUGUAAAUUGUACUUAUGCCAAUUCAGGUGGUUGUAUGGAAAAAGUUUUGCUCAGAAGACCAUUGCUUA